CCCCAAGCCUGGUGCUGGUGGCAGCUGCCCUGCACUAUCCGCUUCUUCCUGCCCGAGUGACCUUGAGUCCUGGGAAGUGAGCUGGGCAUCUGGUAUAGCAGUGGGUUGGGCACGAAAUUAAUCGAGUGGUAAACAGCCUAAAUCCCAUGUAACUCUGUCCCAAACUACACACACUGCCCCUCCCUGAGCGGAUUGUCUGGAAGUAUUUACAUGUGAUUAGCUGUUAUAAUCUCAGAGUUUUAGUUCUAUGCUUUUGCAUUAAACUGAUUAUCUGCGGAGGGGAAAAAGGGCUGGAACCACCCAACCUGAGCAAGAGCUUCUGUGAGGUCAGAGCUCCGUGGCUGCAGGACUGCUGCGGUGUGAUCACUGGGCGCUCGGCCGGGCUCGUGCAGGGGCCAGGGACGGUGCGGGGGCUUGCGCUGUGAGCGCAGAGCGGGUGCUAUGAACACAAAGUGGGUGCUCUGCCCAAAGUGCUGGCGGCCCCCUCCUGCCACAGCUGCUGGGGGUGCCCGCGGCCCCUCCCCUGCCCCAGGGCAGCACCCUGCCUGCACGUUGGGCACCCAGGCUGGUGUGGGCUGGACCCUGUGCCCAUCCUGCCCAGCCAGGGACGUAGCGUGCGGGUGGCCCUGCAUUCCCCUGGGGGAGCAGCCACAGUUGAUUGUGGCUCUGCCCUGGCUGUGGCUGUGUCCCAUGGUCUUCACAUCUGCCUGCUGCCUGGUCUGUGCUUAGCUGUGCCACUGUGUGGCUGUGCCUGUCUGGCCGUGGCUCGGUUGGUGUCCAGCUGUGUCCAUCCGCGGUGCUGGUGGCUGGCUGUGGUCCUCCCUCUCCAGCUGUGCCGCGCAGGGUUAAGGUACACCACAGCAAUCCGCAGGCGCUUUCCUAGAUUACAGCUCCAUUAUCUAAUAAAGCGGAUCCUCGUUGGCAGCACCGAUUAGGGCUGGAGGAGUCCUGUGGGGACAAGGUUACGGGGCUGCUGUGAGGCUGUGGCCAGGGCUGGUCCCAGCUGUCUGGCCCAGCCAGUGGCACAGGCAUCCUGGUUGCCCUGUGAGUUCCAUACCUGGGGCUGCCACGCGCACCAUGUUCCACAGCACAGGACUGGAGCUCCUGUCUGCUGCAUAUGGGGAGCUCCAGGUGCUGCUGGGGCUCUGGCCAUGGGGCACAGCAGGUCUCAGGUUCCCUCAGUACUGGCAUCUGGUCCCUGGGUCUUUCUGCUGUUACCGGGGGCCUGCGGGGAGCCCAGGGAUGCAGCAAGGGCUCAUUAGCACCAGUGACCUUCUCCUUCCCGUCCCCGGCCAGCGCUAAGCGGGUUUGUUACAUAUUUAAUAUCCUGAGAGCGUUAUUAGUCGGUAUUUAAUGACGGAUACAACCUGUGGGAUAAUCCCAGUCUUAGUGGGGAGGCGCAGAGGCAGGAGCUGGCCGGCUUGGGGGGUCGCAGGCUCUUGGGGCCCCUUGUGCAACUGCCCACCGCUGCCCUGCUGGCCCACUGUCCCUGCUCCGUCAGCAGGCAGAACGCCCCAGUGCCUGCGGGGCUGAGUCCUCAGCCAGGCAAAGGGUUCUCGCCCAUCCCUGGGGCUGUGGGGCCCCUUCCCCUGCGCCCCUCUGCAGACAGGACCCCAGCUGCAGGCAUGGCAGCGCUGGGGCCAGGACCUGGCCAAGCUGGAGGAGGAGUGGGCUCCGGAGCAGCACCUUGCACCUCCCACGUCCUGCCAGGCCGUGCACAAGUUCUCCUGCAAGCCCCUGACCCUCCAGCCCACCCCACCACAGUGUGGGAGGCUCUGCCGACCCCUGGCCCUGAGCCAGGUCAGGGCUGGGGUCAAGGAUGGGGACCGAUGGCUCUUGGCACUGCAGUAAAGCCCUGGGUAUGCUAUGUCCCAUGUGCAUCCCUGUGUGGGCUGCAUCCCUGGGGCUGUGGGCCUCCCCGUGGGCCCCAUGCACCAGCCCCUGGUGCCACUGCACCCCAUCACUGGGGGCUGCGCAGGCUGUGCUGGGGCCAUGCAGGGUCGGGGGACUGGGGGGUGCCGGGGUCCUGGCGUGGGUCCUGGCCACGUCCCGGCUGGUGGUGGGCAGGCGGGAAGGAUGCUCCCUGCCAGUCCCUGCCUGGCAAUAGCCAGGAGAGGGGGAGGCAGCGGCUGCCCCAGAUCCCUGCUGCCGCUUUCGUGGGUGCUAAUACCCCCUAAUCAGCUGUCAGUCACUGCGGACCCCGGCAGCUAUAAAACGCCCGGGAGCAGCUCCCCAGCUCCUCUCCCUGCAGCAUGGCAGCUCCUUGGGGUGAGGGGAGCCCAGGCCGAGAGCCAGGGGGCUGCGGGGGGCCGUGGGGAGCCCUGCGGGGACCCCCCCAAGCCUUACUGCCCUGGCCCUGCCCCUGCCCCUGCCCAGUGCUGGCUGGCUACAGCCUGCUGCCGCCCCCUCUAAGCCUCCUGGCGCCCUUGGUCGCGCCCGCCUACGAGGUGCCACUGGGGCUGCCCGUUGAGCCAGGGCGGGCGAAGGUGGCAGCGGCGCGGGAGAGCACCGGGGCGCUGAAGGCCUGGCUGGCACGGCACCCCCGGAACCCCUACCCCAGCAAGGGGGAGAAGGUGAUGCUGGCUGUGGUCAGCCGGAUGAGCCUCACCCAGGUCUCCACAUGGUUCGCCAAUGCCCGCCGGCGCCUCAAGAAGGAGAACAAGACGGGCUGGGCUCCACGCGACACCUCAGACUGCGAGGACAGCGAGGGCGAGGGGGCCCUAUUGGGUGUUGCCCCCAGCGCCAGCCCUGUGCAGGAUGGGUGUGGGAGCAGCUCCGAGGUGGGACCAGGCCCUGGGCAGGGCAAGCAGCCCCAGAAACCCAAGAUCUGGAGCGUGGCGGCUAUUUUGGCAUCUCCCCACGGCGAAAGCGGGUGCCCCCCAGGGGUGCUGGCGGUGCUGGAGCAGGGCUAGGGCUGGGGCGGCCGUGCCCUUUACCCGAGGGCAGGUGGGGGCCAGGGCUGUGGCUGUGGGGAAGGGACAGCCCUGCGGCUGGGCAGGGAAGGACAGAUGGCCAUGGGACCAGGCAGCUGCCUGGCUGAGGAGAGUGGGCAGUAUGGGCAGGGAGGGACACGAAGCGCUAAUAAAUGUCACUUUGU